UGGCCGAACAGAGACAGAUUUAACACUCGCCUUCUUGCAAGAAGCAGACACUCACAUUUAUUGGAAGAAUUCAAUGUCAGUCACUUUGAUCUACUUUUGUCAAUUUUUUCUACAGUUUUGUAUGCAAAUACCAAGAUUUAAUUCAGUGCCCAGAUUCAGUAAGUUAUAGUGUGAGCCCAAUUUAGUUUCAAAAACUUGCUUUAAGUGGGAUAGAUUGAUUUAGAGAAGAGAAAGAGUUUGUUGAAUCACUGGAAAAUGAAGUUGAAUUGGAAGCUAUGUCCGUCUGUUAACAAAUACAACCAGCUGCUUUUAAAAUUAGCGGUUGCCAUUCUCCUGAUGGGUCUAGCUUUUAGGUUUUUAUUUUUUAGCUCCCAAGAGUUUUCAUCGCCUGAUCUAGAGACCACGCCCGUUGUUGCUAAAACUGAUGUGGCAGAAGCAACACCACCCGAUAAUUUUACUAUUGAUGUUUCAGAAUAUGAAGAUCAGAAUCUGGAGCCUGAAAAAGAGCCGGAUGAUGAGAAUGAUACGCCUCAAAAAGAGAAUGAUACGCCUCAAAAAGAUAGCGGAGAAGAAAAGUGUGAUAUUUUCACUGGGGAUUGGAUUCCGGACCAAUCAGGACCUGUUUAUACCAAUGCGAGCUGUGCCUUCAUUGAGGGUCACCAGAAUUGUAUGAGAAAUGGGAGGCCUGAUACAGGGUAUCUAUAUUGGCGGUGGAAGCCACGAAACUGCCAGUUGCCCCAGUUUAAUGCAGAGAAACUUCUCAGCAUGAUGAGGAAUAAAACAUGGGCUUUGAUUGGUGAUUCAAUUUCUCGUAAUCAUGUGCAGUCAUUGCUGUGUAUGCUCUCAACGGUUGAAAAAGCUGUUGAAGUUUAUCAUGAUGAGGAAUUCAAAUCUAAAACAUGGCAGUUCCCCUCUUACAACUUCUCCUUGUUAGUGGUCUGGUCCCCCUUCCUUGCUAAAGCUGCAAUUUUUGAAGACAUUAACGGUGUUUCAACAUCUGAGGUUGAGCUUCAUCUAGACAAGCUUGAUAAAAAAUGGACUGAACAGUACUUUAACAUCGACUACAUGAUAAUUUCGACUGGGAAAUGGUUUCUCAAGUCUGCAAUCUACUAUGAGAAUGAUACAGUGGUGGGCUGCCAUUACUGCCCUAAAAGGAACCUGACAGAGUUGGGGUUUGAUUAUGCUUAUAAUAAAACCCUCUAUCAUGUUAUGGAUUUCAUAGCAACUUCCAAACACAAAGGGUUGGUUUUUUUCAGGACAAGCACACCGGAUCACUUUGAAAAUGGGGAAUGGCAUAAUGGGGGUACUUGUAAGAAAACAUCGCCAGUUAACGAAGGUGAGAUUGAAAUAAAGGACUUGCACAGGAUUCUGCGCAACAUCGAAUUAGCAGCAUUUCAGGAUACAGCUGCAAAAGCAGUUGAAAAUGGGGUAAAAUUCAAACUUCUCGACUUCACUAAUCUUUUGUUACUGAGGCCUGAUGGACACCCAGGUCCAUACCGAAGUUUUCAUCCAUUUGCUGAGGAUAAAAAUGCUACCGUUCAGAAUGAUUGCUUGCAUUGGUGCUUACCUGGACCAUUAGAUGCUUGGAAUGAUUUGAUUAUGGAGAUGAUGGUUAAUACAUUAGAAAAUUAACUGGAAUUUAGAUGAUUGGAAUCUGCCUUCUUCAUUUGAAAGAAGCAUUAACCUUAAGAACGUUAAUGAUGUCCGGUGAUGAAAAGCAUAUGGAUGAUGAAUUUUUUUUUUUUGUUUUUCUCUUCACUAUUUUUGUAUGUAUAAAUGCCAUGUCAUCUGUACCGAGAUUAGUUGAAUUCUGUGAGUAGAAAUAGUUGAUUUUAAUUCUUGAAAUUUAUUCUUCAUAGUACAUUUUCUGGGAACAUAAUAGCUAUUGA